CCUGUAUGUAUAAAUAUUGGAGAGCGGAAUGUAUAUAAACGCUUGCAAACAGCUGUAGGACAUCAGUCUGAAGGUGAAGAAAAACAUCUGCACAAACAAGAUGAAGCUCUGCAUCCUGCUCAUGUUCGGGACCCUGUUUGUCGCCAUUUACGGAAUGCCGCCCAUCAGCAGGGACUACAACACGCACUGCCGCUGCCUUCAGGUGGAGUCGAGGAUCAUCCCUCCAGACAGCCUGAAGAGCAUCAAGCUGGUCCCUGAAGGGCCCCACUGCCCCGAUAUAGAAAUCAUAGCUGGACUGACGAACGGAGAGAAAGUGUGCCUGAAUCCUCGAUCCUCCUGGGUGAAGAAGCUGAUCCAGUUUGUUCUGCAGAGACAGCAGCUGCAGCAGAAGAGGAGAGCACUUCCCAAUAAUUAAGGAUUCAAAUUCAAAACAUGUUGCAAUCAAAGCUGUUGAACGCAACUCCUUUCUGCAACUACGAGCCAUGCUGUUUUACUUUAAUGAAUAACAAUAUUUAACACAAGUUGUGCAACUUAAAUAACUUCCUUCUAUUGUUAGUGUUAUUUUUACCAAAUAUUUUAUAAAACAUUUCUAAAUAAUUUCAAAAAAAAAAACAUUGACGUCUGUCUACGUGUUAGAAUGAGCAGAUAAGUGUGUGAUCAUGUUGAGGAAGAAGACUUUGUGUGUGUAAGGUAUUUAAUUGUGCUUGUAAAAA